AACUGCUGCUUCUUCCCUCCUGUCCUCCCCGCAGCCUCCCCGUUCCGCUGCCGGGAGCAGCGGAGCCCCUUUCCCUCUCCAAUGGCCCCACCUCGCUUGGGGUUUCUGCUCCUCCUGGCUUGCUGCCUCUCCCGCUCCGAAACGCAGCUCCCGGGCUGGGUUUGGAACCGCACUAAACCCACGGGGAGCGCAGCAGCAGCCGGUGAGGGAAUCCCGGCAUCGGAGCCGCCAACUUCAGCGGCGACUGGGGCUCCCAGCCCGUCCCCAGGGACGUGGGGUGGCGAGGCGGCAGGGAAUGUCACCACCCCAGGGCGGCAGGAGCCAGAUCCCGCUACGGCAGCGCCCGUGGGUGAGGGAAGCGGGGGCGAACCCACGGAGCGGCGGGACGGGAAUGCCGCGGGGCUGGCGGAGAGCACGGCACCGCCGAGUAUCGCUCCUCCCCGCAGCACGUCACCUGGCCCGGGACAGGAGGGGGCCAGCAGCCACAGCGAGGACCCCCGGCUCCYGGGGACAGGGACCACCGACGAUCUACAGCUCCUGGGGACAAGGACCGCCGAGGAGCUACAGCUCCUGGGGACAGGGACCACCGAAGACAUGGAGCUUGCAGGGUCAGGGAACACUGGGGAACCCCAGCUCCUGGGGUCUGGGACCACCGAGGACCUGCAGCUCCCGAGGAUGAGAAGCACCAAGGACACCCGGCUCCUGGGAACAGGGACCCCCAAGGAUCCACAGCUGCUGGGGACAGGGACCACUGACAAUCUGCAGUUCCUGAGGAUGUGGGCCACCAAGGACCCCCAGAUCCUGGGGACAGGGACCACUGAGGACCCGCAGCUGCUGGGGUCAGGCACCACUGAGGAUUUACAGCUCCUGGGGACAGUGACUCCUGAGGAUCCCCAGCUCAUGGGGAACACCAAGGACUCCCAGCUCCUGGGGUCAGGCACCACUGAGGACCCCCAGCUCCUGGGGAUGAUGAGUACCACGGACCUACCAUUCCUCAUGACAGAGAGCACCAAGGAGCCACAGCACCUGAGGACAGGGACCACUGAGGACCAGCAGCUCCUGAGCAUGGGGACCACUAAGAAUCUGCAGCUCCUGGGGAACACUGACGAUCCACAGCUCCUGAGGACACCGACCACUGAGAACCCACAGCUCCUGAGGGCAGUGACCACUGAGAACCCACAGCUCCUGGGGAACACUGAUGACCCGCAGCUCAUGAGAGCAGUGACCACCAAGAACCCGGAGCUCCCGAGGACGGGGACACCCACAGCAAUGGAGACACAGGUGUCCUUGCAGAGACCAGCGGGUCCCCAGCCAGAGAGCCUGAGCGCCGAGGUCAGCCUGCUGGAGCUGAUCGGGGACCCCCCAACGGAGGAGAUCCACAGGAUCUACGGCCCUGACAACAACCCYGGCUAUGUCUUCGGCCCCAACGCCAACACGGGCCAGGUGGCCCGCUACCACCUGCCCAGCCCUUUCUACCGGGACUUCUCGCUGCUGUUCCACAUCCAGCCCACCACGCCCCGCGCCGGCGUGCUCUUCGCCGUCACCGACUCCUCGCAGAGCAUCAUCUACGUGGGCGUCAAGCUCUCGGAGCUGCGGGCGGGCCAGCAGCAGAUCAUCUUCUACUACACGGAGCCGGGCUCGCCCARCUCCUACCCGGCCGCCACCUUCACCGUGCCCACCCUGCUCAACCAGUGGACGCGCUUUGCCAUCAGCGUGGAGGAGGAGGAGGUCGUGCUCUACCUGGACUGCGAGGAGCACGAGCGCGUGCGCUUCGAGCGCUCCCCRGAUGAGAUGGAGCUGGAAGAGGGCUCCGGGCUCUUUGUUGCUCAGGCUGGAGGGGCUGACCCGGAUAAAUACCAGGGGGUGAUCGCGGACCUGAAGCUCCGAGGGGACCCGCGGGCGGCCGAGCGGCAGUGCGAGGAAGAGGAGGAUGACGCGGAGGUCUCCGGGGAUUUCGGCAGCGGCAUGGAAGGCGGACGCCAGCCCUCGGGCAAGGUCCAGGGUGUCCCGGGGCUGGUGGAUGCUGUCCCCGUCACCUCCCCGCCCGUGGCGGGGGGCAGUGGCUCCAGGAGCGGCGUUGGGUCCCCGCAGCAGGCCGAGAGGACCAGGGCGGAGGAGACUCUGCGGGUCCCCGCGGCAGGCACCGGCCAGAAAGGCGAGAAGGGGGAGAAGGGUGAACGUGGCUUGAAAGGGGACUCGGGGACUGGUGGCAUCGUGGGGCCAGGCAGUGUCAAGGGUCAGAAGGGGGAGAAAGGAGACCUGGGUGUCAAGGGCAGUGCUGGCUUUGGCUACCCUGGCUCAAAGGGCCAGAAAGGAGAACCUGGUGACCCUGGCCCACCCGGGACCGUCUCUCGGCACGCCGAUGGCUCGCUGGUGGAGCAGGUCACCGGCCCCGCGGGGCCACCCGGCAGAGAUGGAGCCCCUGGCAGGGAYGGCGAGCCCGGCGAUCCUGGCGAGGAUGGCAAGCCCGGUGAAAUGGGGCCCCCAGGGUUCCCCGGGAUGCCGGGAGAGCCGGGUCAGAAGGGGGAGAAGGGCGAUGCAGGUGUGGGGCCACGAGGACCCCCGGGGCCACCCGGCCCUCCGGGACCGCCAGGACCCUCCUCCAAGAAUGACAAGCUGACCUUCAUYGACAUGGAGGGCUCUGGCUUCGGCGGCGACCUGGAGAGCCUGCGGGGUCCCCGAGGGCCACCUGGGCCCCCAGGGCCGCCUGGUGUGCCCGGUUUGCCGGGGGAGCCGGGCCGGUUCGGGAUGAACCGCACGGACCUGCCAGGACCGCCGGGGCUGCCGGGCAGGGACGGGACCCCCGGGCCCCCGGGGCCAGCGGGUCCUCAGGGUCCUGCAGGAAGAGACGGGGAGGCCGGGCAGCCAGGGCCCAAAGGAGAGCGGGGCGACGUGGGUGACCUCGGCCUCCCUGGGCUGCCGGGACCCAAGGGCAGCAAAGGAGAAACGGGACCAGCAGGACCUCCAGGAGAAAUGGGCAUAGCUGGCCUUCCCGGGCCCAUGGGACCCCGAGGGCAGCCAGGGCCCCCUGGCCCCCCGGGACCGCCGGGGCCGGGCUACGAGGCUGGAUUUGGUGACAUGGAGGGCUCGGGGCUGGCAUUCACUCCUGGACCGCCUGGACCUGAAGGACCACAGGGCGUGCCCGGACUGCCCGGGGUGAAGGGAGAGGUCGGCAGCCCCGGACAGCCUGGCCUGCCAGGGCCAAAGGGAGAUGCUGGAAUGCCUGGAGUGGACGGCCGUCCUGGCCUGGAGGGCUUCCCUGGACCACAGGGACCCAAAGGUGACAAAGGCAGCACUGGUGAGAAGGGAGAGCGAGGCCAGGAUGGUGUGGGGCUGCCUGGCCCCCCCGGACCCCCUGGRCCCCCUGGACAGGUSAUCACYGUGUCYAGUGAAGAUAAGUCUUUGGUGGCUUUUCCUGGUCCAGAGGGCAGGCCAGGCCACGCCGGCUUCCCGGGUCCGGUGGGACCGAAAGGAGACCAGGGCUCAGCUGGUCCCCAGGGCGCCCCGGGGCUGAAGGGGGAGAAGGGCGAGCCCGGCGUCAUCAUCAGCCCUGACGGGACCGUGGUCACCGCCAAGGUGAAGGGAGAAAAGGGGGAGCCGGGGCCGCGGGGCCCAGUGGGACCGUCGGGCCCCCCAGGACGAGCAGGGAUGAAGGGCGAGAUCGGCUUCCCGGGCAGACCCGGACGUCCUGGCAUGAAUGGGCUGAAGGGCGACAAGGGUGACCCUGCGGACAYGCUGGGCCUGCGGGGUCCCCCUGGCCCCCCAGGCCCCCCUGGGCCACCUGGGCCACCUGGGAGCAUCGUCUACAACAACGGCAAUAGCUUCAGCGACUCCGGCCACGCGGCGUUCCCUGGCUUCCACCAGUUCCCAGGACAGAAGGGAGAGAAAGGUGACACUGGACCCCCAGGACCCCCAGGCCACUUCCCCUAUGACCCGAGUCACUUCGGUGCCAGCUUGCGGGGUGACAAGGGGGAUUCAGGUCCCAAGGGUGAGAAGGGCGAGCCGGGCAGCACCCCACUCUACAGUGCCGGUGUCUCUGGGCUGCCAGGGCCUCCAGGGCCCCAGGGAUACCCCGGGCUGCCGGGUGCCAAGGGGGACAGUGUCAUUGGGCCGCCAGGGCCUCCAGGACCUCAGGGUCCCCCUGGUAUUGGAUACGAGGGGCGGCAGGGCCCCCCUGGCCCUCCCGGCCCCCCUGGUCCGCCCGGCCCACCCUCCUUCCCAGGUCCCCACAGACAAGCCGUCAGCAUCCCCGGGCCCCCAGGGCCGCCAGGACCCCCCGGCCCACCAGGCAGCGGGACAUCGCUGGGGCUCCGGGCUGUGCCCACGUACCAGGCCAUGCUGAGCGCCGCGCACGAGCUGCCUGAGGGCAGCCUGGUAUUCCUGAGUGACCGGCAGGAGCUCUACGUCCGCCUGCGGGGGGGAUUCCGCAGGGUGCUGCUGGAGGAGCACAACCUGAUCCCCAGUUCGGCUCUGGACAAUGAGGUGUAUGACAAGCCACCCACCCUGCACUACGCCGGCCCGCAGCCCCGCGGGCCCCUGCACCCGCUCCGCAACCACGUCCCCCCGCCCACCGUGCGGCCCUGGCGCGGGGACGAGGUGGUGGCCAACCAGCACCGCCUGCCCGAGCAGCCCCUGCUCCACCACCAGCAYGAGCUCAUCAAUGGCUACUACAUCCACCGCCGGCCGGAGCCGGCCCCCGUGGCYGCCCACGUGCACCAGGACUUCCAGCCCGCCCUGCACCUGGUGGCCCUGAACAGCCCGCUGAGCGGUGGCAUGCGCGGCAUCCGCGGCGCCGACUUCCAGUGCUUCCAGCAGGCGCGGCAGGUCGGGCUGGCCGGCACCUUCCGCGCCUUCCUGUCCUCGCGCCUGCAGGACCUCUACAGCAUCGUGCGCAGGGCCGACCGCGUGGCUGUGCCCAUCGUCAACCUCCGGGAUGAAGUGCUCUUCAGUAACUGGGAAGCCCUCUUCACGGGCAGUGGGGCCCCGCUGAGAGCCGGUGCCCGCAUCCUCUCCUUUGACGGCCGGGAUGUCCUACGGGAUGCGGGAUGGCCGCAGAAGAGUGUCUGGCACGGCUCGGAUGCCAAGGGCCGGCGCUUGCCCGAGAGCUACUGCGAGACGUGGCGGACGGAGGAACGCGCAGUCACCGGCCAGGCAUCCUCCCUGGCCUCGGGRAAACUGCUGGAGCAGGCAGCCAGCAGCUGCCAGCACGCCUUCAUCGUCCUCUGCAUCGAGAACAGCUUCAUGACCGCCGCCAAAAAGUGACGGCCGCCCUGGCGCCCCCGGGUACCCCUGUCCCCCGGAAGGGUCGGGCCAGCCUGCACCCCGGCACCCCUGGGCCCCCCAGCCCCCUCCAUGCGCCUGCUCUCGCCCCACAGGGUUCCCUUCUCCCGCAGACCUGAAGCCAAAGAGUAUUGCCACAGCCCCUGCCCUGGCUCGGCAGGGGCGCAGGUCCCACCCGGGGCAGGGCAGCCUUGGGCUGGCUGCCUUCCUCCUCCUCCUCCUCCUCCUCCUCCUCUAAUAUUUAACCACUUCAGCUUGUUCCCCUCCGUGCUCGGAUGCUCUUUGUGGGGUGGCUGGGUGGGAGGACGCUUGGCAGGGAGCUUUCAGCGCUGCCACCCACGGUGUCCUUCCCAAAAGCCUGUAGGGGCUCUCACCGGCAUCCUGGCCCUGCGCUGUCCUCACCAGGAGCUAGGGGCUGCACCCAAAUCCUGCUGCUGAGGCCGUGGCGUGUUCUCCAGCCAAAACCCCAGCAUCCCACACAAGGGACUGUCCUGUGGCAGUGCCAGGGCUCCCCGGGAUGGUCUCCAUCCUCCCCAGGUAAGGACCAUCCCCUCAUCAUCCUCACCUCCACCUCCUGGCCGGCAGAGCUGUGGUGGGGGUCCGGCCUCCAUCCCCUCCACGCAGCCUCGGGACCCCCAGCUGUGCCYCCACAGGCACAGCCAGCCCAGCACAGCUACUGGGGUGACAGKGUGGCCCCGAGGCGUGGCCAGGCGUGCCCUUGGCAUGUUUCUCUGUGUGUGUGCGUGUUGAGCACGUGUGGUACUGAGGUGCCAUCCCCCCCCUCCCCCAGUGCCACCUUUGCUGGGCUCGAACAGCGAAGGCGCAGCAAAGCUGGUUGGAAUUGGUGUGGGCAAAUCCAAGGUGCUAAAAAAAAAAGACCAAAAAAAAAAAAAAGAAAAAAGAGAAAUUUGUAACUAGCUUUUUUUUUUGUUAUCGUAUGGAAAUUAUUACCAUAAAAGCUGUGCGAGUCACACGGUCUCUAUUUCUUACAGUCUACUGUAUUUUGUGUAAUUAAUGCAAUUUAAAGCCUGUGGAUCUUUAUAUUAUUUUUUUGUCAUCAGUUGUGUCUAUAAACCAUUUUCUAAAGGCACUGAAUAAAGAAACAUCCUCUUGUA